AGCUGUCGUCAGACGGGGCAAAAAAAUAAAAGUCCGGAACCCGAAAUCGAAAUUGGAAACAAAACAAAAUAAAUAGAAAUUGAAAACGACAUUUUAAUUGCAAAAACGCAAAGAGAAGGCAACUUUCUGGCAAAAUGUCGGUGAAUACCGCCCAUGCCAACAAUGGAGUUCUCAUCCAUGCUGGCGAAUACAUUUUGUUGCACAGCGACAGCGUGACCAUGGAAUUCUCUGGACAGGAUAACGGUCUGUUCAAGGGCUCGAAAGCAGGGCGAAUCUACUUGACAUCGCAUCGAAUGAUUUUUAACAAUAAGAAAUCUGCAGAACCCUUGCAAUCGUUUAGUGCUCCAUUUGUUGCCCUCUCCGAUGUGGAAAUCGAGCAGCCGGUGUUUGGUGCCAACUAUAUUAAGGGCAAGGUCCGUGCUCAGCCGAAUGGCAACUUUGUGGGCGAAGUGAAAUUCAAGCUGCACUUUAAGGCUGGCGGCGCCAUUGAGUAUGGACAGGCCUUGUUGCGGGCCGCCAAGACGGCCAUGAAUAACUAUCAUCGCGGUGGUCUUGUUGGGGAUGAUCCGCCGCCAUAUCAGCCGGCUGGCUCUUGGAAUGAGGCCCCACCACCGGCCUAUCAGCCGCCGCCGGGCUACUACGGCUGGUUGCCACAACAUGAUGCAUUCAGCGGUCCGGCACCGAAUACGGUAUUCAUGAGCGACAAUCCGCCACCAUAUCCGGGCAUCACACCACCAAAUCAGCCACAGCCAGCUGCACAACCACAUCCCCAGCAGCAGCCAACUGAUCCCACUUGGUAUGGUUUUUCAGCUCCACCCCAGCAGCCGCAGCAACAGCCCGGCAUGCAGCCUGGUUAUGGACCGCCCCAGGGUUGGGCUGGUGGCUACGCUCAGCCACCACCGUACGCCUCAUGUGCGCCAGGCUGUCCGCCGGGUGGUGGUGGUGGUGCCCCACCAUACGGUGUGCCGGCUCAAACCUAUCCAGGACCGACCCCAUCGCCGGCCUACAACUAUAAUCCUCCUGGUGGUUUCAACUCCCCCGGAUUCUUGCAGCCGCAACAGCAACCAAAUGGUGUGCCGCCGUAUCAACCCCCACCAGCUGGUGGCCAGGUAGCUGGUGCAGCUGGUGGUGCCGCCGCUGCCAGUUUUAUGGGCUUCAGCUUGCCACCCGGAAAUUCCAAAGAAGCUGAGGCCGCUGCUAGUGCCUAUAAUACACCCUAUAAUCAAGGAGGACCCAGUGCACCAAAUCCCAAUGAUUUGCCACCUUCCUACCAUAAUUUACCACCCAGUUAUGAUGAUGCCUCAAAGAAACAUCAAUAGUUGGAUUUGGAUUCGAAAGCUCAUUCCCCCAUAAUAUACAAAAAUUUUCUACUGUGUUUUUUUUAUUUUUCUUCUACUAUAUAAAGAACCGAUAACUGGGGUUCGUGCAAUGUCUUGUAAAACUAUCUCAAAAAAAACUGGCGCUGAAUUUAUAUGUCACAAAACAGAAAAAAAUGAAUGUAUACUGUAUUAAACAUUAUAAUUUAUUCUCAAUUCCGAAUUAAAAACGAAUUACGAAACGGAA